GUCUCGCAUCACACAUGCAUCAUCUGCGUGUGACGCAAAUUGUUAGGACUGCUGUUCAAUAAUGGGUGAGAUGUAUGAAGCGCGUUACUAUGUUCUUAAAAAAGUCUGAGAGGCUGCAACCUGUGUUGUAUAAGCACAUGAAGCAACAGAGUGCCUGUCUGUGGCUCGUCGACUGAGCUGUCUGUCGCUCGCUCGGGUUCGGUUCUCGGUCGAGACAAUACGCACGAACUGACGUGAGUGCCGAGCACAACCCUUACGUCGGUGAGCACAGACCCGGUCAGAGUAGAUGGGAUCGCUCGUCCUCCGAGUGGUGAGAAAAUGGAGAGGUUUCUGUCGCCUACCGCGCCGCUGCUCAUCCUCAGCUGCCUGGGUUUCUCACGAGUCUUUGGGGACAGCUUAGCUGCUCCCUUCAAUGUGACCCUCAGGGAUCUGAAGGCCAACUCUGCCGUGGUGACAUGGGACAUCCCAGAGGCAGACUUUGCCAUCGGCUUCGCUAUCACACAGCAGAAGAAAUAUGGACGCAUGCUGCGCUUCAUCCAGGAAGUGAACACCACCACAAACUCCUGUGCACUAUGGGACUUGGAGGAGGAGACAGACUACAUUGUGCACGUCCAGUCCAUCGGCAUGCUGGGGCCCAGUCCGCAGAGCAAACCCCUGAACUUUCGGACGCCCAAAGAGGCCGAGACGCUGGCCUCCGAGAGUAACGACGAGGUGACCAUGGAGGAGGUGGGCCAGAGCGCACAGCUCAGGGCUGGGGAGCUGAUCAUCAUCGUGGUGGUCCUGAUCAUGUGGGCAGGUGUGAUUGCGCUCUUCUGCCGUCAGUACGACAUCAUCAAAGACAACGAGCCAAACACCAACAAGGACAAAGCCAAGAACUCCUCAGAGUGCAGUACGCCUGAGCACCAGUCGGGGGGGCUGUUGCGCAGUAAGCAUCCCAGGAACAACAAUAACAACAACAGAACUCCGUCUGUCAACAUCAUCGAGGUGUGACCGCUGGGACGCCGUCUCUUUAUAAAGACUUUGUGUUCCUGCACAGAAGCAGGCCCGCCACUCUUUGUUUUUUCUGGCCAUGAGGCAGAGGGAACUCGUUGUUGGAGGAGGCUCCUCCCCUCCGAUAGGGGAGCGGGGGCGCGGCUCUCCACAGGCUGCUGGUCAUGGCCUGGCUUCUGGCGGUUGGGUGGAGAGCAGAGGCUGCCGCCACGCGAGACUUUGACCGUGGCGUUGCAGUGGUGCUUAGUGGCUUCCCCGCCACGGCAGAGAUAAGGGCCAAGCAGGCACGGAUAUGAGUCUUGAUACAACAAGCCCCACAAACGUCCCAGGUCCCAGCCUCCAACCAACCUGUACAUGGAGACUGAGAACGAUUGAUAGAGCGAGGGACCAAUUCUAUCUACGUUCUCUUCACCCUCCCCCCUUUAGGACCUGUUUCUGUACCCGCCGUAUUACUGCACGUAGCCAACAAACACAGCCUUUUUGGAGAUGCCGCGGCACAGAACAGUGAGACCCGUCCUCUUUGGGGGACUCCCCCCCCCCACCCUCCCCCCCCCUCGGCAAUCAACGCCCCACCACCCCAGCCUUCACGCCCUGAUCUCUUCUUAUUGAUUUUCCUAGUUUGGUGGAAGAUGCAGCACUCAGAUGUGUACACAAUGCUAUUUUUCUUACCCAUCCAGUGCUAUUUCUUGUGCUAUUUCUUCUUUACCCUGCCGUCAUCUUUUUUUCAUUUAGUCCUCUCUGCAACUUCUGGGAAAUGUUGUCUUUCUGCCAGAUGGUUUUCCCCUCUCAGGGAAUCCUGUCUCUGUGGGGCUCAUGUAGGGGCCCGCUCUUUAUGAUUAAUAAAAGGCCCUCGAUUUCCAAGGGCAGGUUUGUUUGACCUUGAUGUCCUUACCCACGGUUUGAUCGAUUCUAAAUGUUUCUAAGAGUCCACAGACAUUUCCACCUUCACCAACAGACUCCAUUUUCACAUCUGGGACCGAGAUGUCACAGAGAAAGAAGGGCUUCCUUCUACCAAUAUAUUUUUCGACUGGUCAACAUUUAAAAAAGAACAAAGUUUUGCCACACAUGUAUGGAGCACUGUAUUAAGUGGACUGAGCUGUGCAGUUAUUCAAUGGGCCAAACCAACCCUUUCUCCCCCUACAUUUUACUGAAUGCGCUGUGGUGGGUACGAGGUAGCUAUAGCUAUAUAUAAAUCAAAGGAGAAUAAAUAAGAAGUGCUUUUGAGGGCUGCUUAAAACACAAUAGAACUGCCUUAAAAAUAUAUUAAAAACAUUUUAUGAUAGAAGAAGGAAUGUCAACCGGCCCAAUGCCUCACUUGAAGUCCUAUUGUUUAAAUGUUUGAGAUGUCAAAAUAACAAUGUCUAUUCCCAAACUGAAUUUAAACCUAUGACACAAGAGAGACCCUUGCACAUUGAGUUAUGACACACUACGCAACUGCAGAGCUGAAAUCGAUGGAACUUUGUCUUCAAUAUAUAUCAUGGAAGGCUUGCGGGCAUGACAUUUUAAUGUGUAAAUACAUUUAAGUUUAAUUUGUGUGUUGUGCUGGAGAGAUUUAUGAAAGGCAAAGAAAAAUGAAAAUGUCUGGCAGCCCUUUUUUUCUCGAAGAGGACCUGUUAACAGCUGAAGAUGAAAUUAGGAGGCAUUUGGUUUUGGGGCAAUAUAACUUGCUCUAUGCUGUAAAGAAGCUUCAGGUGAUAAAUCACAGCGUCAUCAUCAAUUGUCCGGUGUAACUAUCACAAUGUGUUGUGUUGUUGGUGUGCGUUAGAAUAGAGACAUGAACAGCAGAAAUGUAAUUCCUUAUCGUGAGGGGGAAAAAGUGAGUGAACAUCAACCCAUCUAUACUUUGUUAGUCAAUAUGAGUUUUGGCAUUGACUGUACACACAAUCUGGGCACACUUGCGAAUUGAUGGGCACCCUUUCAACAUGUACAGAGAAAGAGAGCAUGAGGGAAUAGGGCAUGCAAGCGAUAGGUCUUGAAAAGUGGCCAAACCCUGGCUAACACAAUGGCAGACUUUUAUCCCUCAAUUUCAUGCUCUCUCUGUUCGACUUCUAUGUAUAAUGAGUACAGAAGCUCAAAGCGUCCCAUUUCCAUGAUGAGCAACGUUUCCAGUCAGAGAAAGACGAGGGGUUUAACAGUGAGUGAUGGCAAGGGACAGGCUAAGCCGUCAUCAACAAGGGUUCAACCACAACCAACAGACCAAUAGCCAGACAUAGACAUUAUGGCUGCUCAGAAAGUCUCAGAGCAGCGUUCUGCCUCUGAGCCAUGAUCAUCAGGACCUCAGUGGAUGGGAAACCUUUUUUCCAUAACACCACGGUAGCUUGCUCAAUCAAUAUCCAUCGACCGGCAGUGUAACCGAUAAUGACAGUCCUCCCGUGGAGAAUUGCCUUUCCUAUUGUGUCUUAACAUGGUGAUAAUCAAUUUCCACUUUGGAUUUUCCCUUUAGGCCAUGUGUAUUCACCUCCAUUUUAAACUGUUUAAAUUGUACUUGUAUGAUCAUUUAUGCAAAGACUUUCUUACAAACAUUGUUAAUUACUGUAUUAUACACAUUUUAUUUAAUAUAGCUCAGAUGCUACUGUAAAUAUAUAUUAUUUAUCACCAAUUUUGGAGGUCUUUAAAGACUUUGUGUCAGCAGUCAUUAACAUUACUAUGAAGUUUCCAUAGUGUAGGAUGCUAUUCAGCAUAAAGAAGAUUUAUUAAUUCACAUGUGGAUCUAUGGAAGAAAGCUGUGUCCGACCUUAAUGUCCCAUAUAUCUUUUCAACAGUUUAUUAUAAUUAUACCAGAAAUGGUAUAAGCCGUCAUCCAUAUAGAGGGAAUACAAACCAUUUUCUAAACCAACUUAUUGUGAAGUCUGUUAAAGUUAAACAUCCACUUUAGCCUGGAGAUGUUAAGCCACUGUUUUUUAAAACGAUGACCCUUUCUCCAGUUUUGGAAUGGUCCAGCUGUUAUUAGAAAUCUAUCAGUUUAGCUUGCAUUGAGCCUUAAGAUCAUUGGCCGUUUCAAAAUAUUCCAAUACAUUAUGUACUGAAAUAAAAUGUGAGGAUUAAACAUGCCUGGAAAAUGCAAGUCAACAUUACAAUAACGAGGCUGGCCAUAUUGUUUUUCCUUUUCUAAUUAGCAACAUCUUUAACGCAUGGUUCAGCAGGCUGCUUUGUCAGUGCCAUCUUGUUUAUUUUGCGUUCAUAAAGCAUAUAGUAGUCAAUGCUUACAGAGGGCUAGCACGGUUCAAUUGUUAUGUACAAGGUUUCACAAUUUCCCUAAUGAAGAAUAUGGUGUAUGCUUACUUAUGUAUGCUUGAAAAUGUAAUAAAAAUAUAAUCUUUAAUUUUUACUCCCAAGAUCCAACAUGUGUUCAUGUGAUCAAAAAACUAAACUAUGUCAUCGAAAACAUACUGAAUACAACCACAAUGCAAUUAUGUUGAUGAAUGAAUAUGCCACUGACUUUCCCAAUCAAAAAAAGAUUUAUACAAUAUCUACCAGGUAGUAAACUCGGAUACCUUCUCGAUAUUCCACUCGACUGGUUCUUUCCAAACAGCAUUUAAUCUAGAGCGGGCAAGUGCUUUAAGGCAACGUGCCUGGAUUUAUAAAGUUUAAAGAAAUCAAUGGAUUGCACAU